AUGGCGUGUGUACACGUAGAUGCGCCUGAGCUCCGUCCGCCUGGUGCAAACCAGUCUGUCUAUCGUGAGGACUGCACACAGUGCUUUGACUCUAUCGAUGAUCCCACAGGACUCGAUGUGUGCCUGUACUGCUUCAACGGUGGGUGCACGGCUGACCGAAGCCACUCGAUUCUCCAUGUGUCGGCUACGAACCAUCCUCUUGUCCUCAACAUCAAGCGCACUCGCAAGCAGGUCGCACGCGAUGAGCCUCCAGCGAAGAUGACGAAGCUCUCCAUUGCUGCCGAGACCGAGACCGACCGCUACGACACUACAACCACCGUCAAAUGCUACGAGUGCGGCGUUGACGAGGUUGAUAAGAGUUCUGGGAAGCUUCCGGGGCUUGUCGAUGCGGUCCUCAAGGCCAAUACAUUUGCCAGGCAGGAGGAAGUCAAGGCUUGGGAACAAGAGAUGACCGCCUGUGAGCAUACGCUUUGCUUAGAACAGCAGGAAGCAAGGCAGAUCGAGUCUGGAGCUCUCGGACAUUGCUCUGAGUGUGAGCUCAACGAGAAUCUUUGGCUUUGUCUGAGCUGCGGCAACCUUGGCUGCGGACGACAGCAGUUUGGUGGUGUUGGUGGCAACUCGCACGCUGUAGGGCACACAAAGUCGACAGGCCAUCCCGUCGCUGUCAAGCUGGGUUCUCUGACUGCGGACGGAACCGCUGAUAUCUACUGCUACGCCUGCGACGAGGAACGUGUCGACCCAGAGCUGCCGAACCACUUGGCACACUGGGGCAUCAACAUCAAGGACCGGGUGAAGACGGAGAAGAGCUUGACAGAGAUGCAGGUCGAGCAGAAUCUGCGAUGGGAGUUCUCUAUGACGACGGAGGAUGGCAGGGAGCUGAAGCCGCUGUUUGGUUCGGACUUCACAGGACUCAAAAACCUGGGCAACAGCUGCUAUCUUAACAGCACACUCCAGGCCUUGUUCGCGAUACCGGAGUUCAGAGACCGAUACUACCUUCCCGAGCAAGGCCCGCCCGAUGCGCCGCUUCCCGCUGAGGAUCUAGAGACCCAACUUCGCAAGGUCGCCGACGGUCUGAUCUCUGGACGAUACUCGAAGCCAGACAGCGAUGUCAUUGCCUCCGAGGACACACCCGAGGUUCCGCACCAGCGCGGCCUGGCACCAGCCAUGUUGAAGCACCUGAUUGGGCGAGGACAUGCAGAGUUCUCCACAAUGCGACAGCAGGACGCAUUCGAGUUGCUUCUUCAUAUGCUCAAGCUUAUUUCCCGCUCGCAGCAUAUCGCGCCCUUCAAGGACCCUGUGGAUGCCUUCAGAUUCGUCAUGGAGCAGCGUCUACAGUGCAUUAGCUGCAAGCGAGUCCGUUACCGAACAGAUGAGCAGGAGAACAUCUCCAUCCCUGUACCCAUUCGAAGAGUGCCAAAGGAUGCGCAGAUGGACGCUACAGAUAGUGAAGGGAAAGAGAAAGAGAAGGAAGAGUUUGAGGCUGUGACACUGAAGGAGUGCCUUGAUAUCUUCACGGCUGAAGAGAUGGUUGAGCUCACUUGUGCAGCUUGUGGCAGCAAGGAAGGCUUCACAAAGAGGAGUUUGUUCAAGACCUUCCCCUCGGUCUUGGCUGUCAACGCCCGCCGCUUCGAGAUUGUUAAUUGGGUGCCCACGAAGCAGGACGUUCCGGUCAUCGUCAACGAUGAAGCAAUUCCAUUCGACGCCUACAAGUCCGCGGGGCUUCAAGACAGCGAGGAGGUCCUUCCUGACGACGCAGACACUGGCAGUUCUUCUAAAUGGACGCCGAACGAGGCUGCGCUGUCUAUGCUCGAAGCGAUGGGCUUCCCGCGAGUGAGGUGCGAGAAGGCGCUGCACGCUACUGGUAACAUAGACCCAGAAGCUGCAUCGAACUGGCUCUUUGCCCAUAUGGAGGACCCCGACAUUGACGAUCCGGUCGACUUCAACGCCGGCAGUGGCAGUGGCUCUGGAGGUGGCGCCCCAAGCGCAAUCGACCCAGAGAAGAUUGAGGUGUUGAAUGGCAUGGGCUUCAACGCUCCACAAGCUCGGCAGGCACUGAAGGAGACGGGUGGAGACAUGGAACGGGCUGUCGAGUGGCUAUUCAGUCACCCCGAGGCUGCCGGCGACUUUGGUGAUGACGCGAAUGCAGAGGCACCCGCCGAAUCACAAGAGAAGUCACUACCAGGGAGCGACAAGCUGCCGGCGAACUUCCAACUACAAUCCAUUGUCUGCCACAAGGGUAGCUCUAUCCACGCCGGGCACUAUGUUGCGUUCGUUCGCAAGCAACUACCUGACGAGCAAGACGCUGCAUGGGUGCUCUUCAACGACGAGAAGGUAGCAAAGGCUGCCGAUAUCGACGAGAUGAAGAAGUUUGCAUAUGUUUAUUUCUUCCGGCGUUUGUAA